AUGGAACCGGUGCGAUCUGGAUGUUUCCGCGCCUUCAUCCUCUUCCUCGCUGUCUGCCUUCAAGCUACGGACUGCGUGACAGUGAUCUUAGGAGACCCGUUUGAAGUUCCUGUGAACUGCGAGCCGGGCGAGUCGGGCUCGCUGCAGCGGGUGAGACUCGAUGGUCCCCGGCAGGUCGCUACUUACCAGCGCGGUCAGUGGACGGUGAGCCCAGAGUACAGAGACCGGAUGGAGACCAACUUAUCAAAGAUUGUUUUCAUCCGCAUGCAAUACAACGAUGGAGGGAUCUACGAAGUGACCUGCUCCAAGACUGGCACCAAGUACGUCCAGCUGGAGGUGGUUUAUGCUGAAAAACUGUUAGUGACCGAAGGUGAUAACGUGACGCUCCACUGUUACUAUAAAACCAGAGGGAAACCAGGAUUAACUGUUCGGUGGGUGAAAAAUGGGAAACCUGUGUGUGUGAAGAACUCCAACUAUAAAGGUUGCAACGGGACACCUGACAGACUGUCAAUACCUACUGACUGGAUCACUAGUGGAAAUCUGUCACUGACCAUUGAGCGGGUUCAGCCUGAGGAUAGUGGGGAUUAUUUCUGCUACAUCCAAGAUCAACAUGGGGAACAAUCAGGAACUCCUGAAGCUCACAGACUGACUGUCACUGAGAAAAUGACACAUCAGAUGAUCAACAGCACAGCAGCACCUGAAAAUAAAACUCAGAGUUGCAGUGAACACACUCAGCCUUGGCAGAUCUCCACCUGGAUUCUCCUUGUGAUCCUGCUGCUUGUUGCUCUUGUUGCUUUUCUUUGUUUGUGGCGCAGUGGAAAAAUAAACUGUGAUUUUGGAAAACUUUAUGAGCUGGUAGAGAAAAGCUGCCAUCCUUCCAACUCUAAUGAAGCUCCAACAAUUAUUUAUUUGUCAUUGAAGCUGUAAGACCAUCAGUUCUGACAUAAAUAAAGAUCUUUUAAUGCCUCCCAGUUUGUAGUCUUUGAUUUUGGUUCAUUAGUAAUUUUGUGAAACAACAAGUGAAUAUAACAUGUACAAAAAAAAGACAAACACGUGUUUACCGUUUCCUGUUUGGCGACUGCGAGAGAAAUUGACAUCAAAGAUGAGACUUAUUGCAUGCAGCUCUUACUGAGAUAGCAACCACAU